AUGCUCGGAGCAACCACCUCUUUUGCCGCUGCCUCCCGGCAGCUGACCCGCAACACUCCCCAGAUCGCGAAGCUGGCAGCAUCCACACAAACGCGCGGUCUCUCAACGAAGAACCCGGCACAGGGACUGACUCUGCUACAAGAUAAGGAGAAUGGCUUUGGCUUUGCGCGAUCGAACCCGCGACCGGCUAAGCCUAGGAGCAAAGGUGUCACGGAAAUUCGGGGACCCUACUACUCGGUGAUGGGAAAGCGAUAUCUGGCAGAUGUGCUCGAGACCAUGGGAAACCACGUGGAUGGGCUUAAGUUUGCUGGAGGUUCCUUCUCCCUGUUUGAAGAGCAGCCGCUGCGCGAGUUGAUUAAUCUUGCUCAUGAGCAUGGGGUUUAUGUCUCGACGGGCGGAUGGGCCGAGCACCUUCUCACGCACCCCGAUGCCGAUACAGUCUUCGACCGCUACUUGACCAAAUGCAAGGACUUGGGAUUCGACGUCAUUGAAUUGUCUUCGGGCUUCUUGUCCAUCCCGGAGGACGACUGGCUUCGACUCGUCGACAAAGUGCAGUCGUACAAGCUUGAAGCAAAACCGGAGUUGGGUAUCCAGUUCGGCGCUGGUGGUGAUACCCCUGCUUCGGGCUUGGAAGCGAUCGGAACGUCAGACCCUGGAAAGUUGGUUAACCUGGGACGCAAGUUCCUGGACAAUGGAGUCAAACGUCUGAUGAUUGAGUCAGAGGGUAUCACGGAGAAUGUCGAGUCCUGGCGCACAGACGUGGUCUCCAGAAUCAUGAAGGAACUCCCACCCGAGCGUGUGAUGUUUGAGGCUGCGGAUCCCAAGGUGUUUAACUGGUACGUUCGGGAGUUCGGUAUCGAUGUGAACGUCUUUGUCGAUCAUAGCCAGAUUGUGCAGUUGUCGUGUCUGCGAUCAGGCAUUUGGGGUACCGCUGACACCUGGGGCAAGGUUGUUUCCUUCCGCCCAGAGUAA